CCUCUCAGCAUCCUCCACGCAGAAAAAAUAUCACAGACGCGUCGCCGCAAUUCCACCGUGUUCCUGCUCGCGACUAAUCCACCCACAAUCAAUUGCCUCUGUCAACCAGACUCUUGAUCCAUCUUCUCAUCUGCUGUACAUAUCAUCAUGUCCGCCGUUCAAUUAUUAAAUCCAAAGGCAGAGUCCCUGCGGAGGAACCAGGCCCUGUCCGUCAACAUCAGUGCCGCCCAGGGACUGCAGAACGUUCUCUCCAGCAAUCUUGGCCCGAAAGGCACAAUCAAGAUGCUCGUCGAUGGAUCUGGCAACAUCAAACUGACAAAGGAUGGCAAGGUUCUCCUCUCUGAGAUGCAAAUCACAAACCCCACCGCCGUCAUGAUUGCCCGCGCUGCUACCGCCCAAGAUGAAAUCACCGGCGACGGAACCACCACCGUCUGCCUGCUCGUCGGAGAACUGCUCAAGCAAGCCGAACGCUACAUUGCUGAUGGCCUGCAUCCCCGAAUUGUCACCGAGGGAUUCGAGCUCGCGCGCAAGGAAACCCUUACUUUCCUCGACUCGUUCAAGAUUGCCAAAGACAUCGAUCGCGAGCUUCUUCUCGCAAUCGCCCGCACCUCCCUCGCCACCAAACUCAACCACACCCUCGCCGAGCACAUCACUCCGAUCGUGGCCGACGCCGUGCUGUCGAUAUACAGCCCUCCCGAGCGCGUCGAUCUGCACAUGAUUGAGAUCAUGAAGAUGCAGCACCAGUCCGCGGCCGAGACCCAGCUCGUCCGCGGCCUCGUGCUCGACCACGGCGCCCGGCAUCCCGAUAUGCCCAAGCGGCUCGAGAACGCCUACAUCCUCACGCUCAACGUGUCGCUCGAGUACGAAAAGUCCGAGGUCAACUCGGGUUUCUUUUACAGCAACGCCGAGCAGCGCGAGAAGCUGGUCGAGAGCGAGCGCAAGUUUGUUGACUCAAAGCUCAAGAGGAUUGUCGAUCUCAAGAACGAGGUCUGCGGCCUGGACUCCAACAAGGGCUUUGUGAUUGUCAACCAGAAGGGUAUCGACCCGCUCUCGCUCGACGUCCUCGCGCGCAACAACAUCUUUGCUCUCAGACGCGCAAAGAGACGCAACAUGGAGCGACUCCAGCUCGUGUGUGGCGGCACUGCGCAAAACUCGGUCGACGACCUUUCGCCGUCCGUGCUCGGCUACGCGGGUCUUGUUUACGAGCACACGCUGGGCGAGGAGAAGUACACUUUUAUUGAGGAAGUCAAGGACCCCAAGUCGGUCACUAUCCUCAUCAAGGGCCCGAACGCGCACACGAUCGCGCAGAUCAGCGACGCCGUCCGCGACGGUCUGCGCUCGGUCGUCAACGGAAUCACCGACAAGAGCGUUGUGCCCGGCGCUGGUGCGUUUGAGAUUGCGUGCGCGAGCCAUCUCACGGGCGACUUUCUGCACAAGGAUGUCAAGGGCAAGCUCAAGGCCGGCGUGCAGGCCUACGCGGACGCGCUGCUUGUGAUCCCCAAGACGCUUGCGACCAACGGCGGCUUUGACACGCUCGACACGCUCGCGGCGUGCCAAGACGAGGUCGUGGACGGCCACGUCGUCGGCAUCGAUCUCGCGUCCGGAGAGCCGAUGGAUCCGGUGCUGGAGGGCGUGUAUGACUCGUUCCGGGUGCUGCGCAACGCGAUUGCGAGCGCGACGUCGAUCGCGGUCAAUCUGUUGCUUUGCGAUGAGUUGCUCAAGGCGGGUCGGUCGUCGCUCAAGACGAACCAGGCCGAGCAGUAGGUAUAUAGUUUGUAGUAUAAAUACAUGAUUAGUAAAGAGAGCUAUUUCACGUGAGAUACAAACCCUGCUGCCCGAGGCAGUAGAAGGCGUAGACCACCACAAUUCAGAUGUCUUGGAUAACGCAAUGAUAUCCACAUCAAUGAACAAUCAACUCAACUCAACUCAACCCACAUCCAAAUCAACAUCGCCGGAACAGCAAGCACCAGGCCGAUGGUUGAUGGCCGCCGCUUUCCUUCCCCCUGGAAACGCCGCAGCGGCGCAGAUCGGAGUGUUGUGGGUCUACGAUGACAGAGACUCACUGCAUUGAACACCCGUACUUCUCUCC